GUCAAUGUUAGAGAAAUGUUAUGGGCUGGCACUGGUGUGGAGUGUUCGCUCUCCGUUCCAGGCCUGAGCUUCUUGGGAGCCGGGACAGUGUAAUCUUUGAAUCCACGCGCCUCGAACGAAAUAAGCACCGCAAUCAAUCUGCAGAGUUUAACGCAAGAGAAGGGGACGUGGAAACCGAGGAAACGGGUCUCGUUUAGUGUGAUCUCAAUUCAAGCAAAAGUGGGAUAUCAUGGCCUCUAUCUGGGUUGGACACCGAGGGACAAUGCAAGAUUAUCCGGGCUUCAGCCCAUCGGUGGAUGCUGAAGCAAUUCGCAAGGCAAUCAGAGGAAUUGGAACUGAUGAGGAAACACUCAUCAGCAUUCUGACUGAAAGGACAAAUGCACAGCGGCAGCUGAUUGUUCAGGCGUAUCAAGCAGCAUAUGGAAAGGAACUGAAAGAUGACUUGAAGGGUGAUCUCUCUGGCCACUUUAAGGAACUCAUGGUGGCCCUUGUGACUCCUCCAGCCAUGUUUGAUGCGAAGCAGCUGAAGAAAUCCAUGAAGGGUGUCGGAACAAGCGAACAUGCAUUGAUUGAAAUCCUCACCACCAGAACAAGCAGGCAGAUGAAGGAGAUCUCCCAAGCCUACUAUACAGUAUAUAAGAAGAGUCUUGGAGAUGACAUUAGUUCGGAAACAUCUGGAGAUUUCCGGAAAGCUCUAUUGACUUUGGCAGAUGGCAGAAGAGAUGAAAGUCUAAAAGUGGAUGAGCAGCUGGCCAAAAAGGAUGCCCAGAUUCUCUAUAAUGCUGGGGAGAACAGAUGGGGUACAGAUGAAGAUAAAUUCACCGAGAUCCUGUGUUUAAGGAGUUUUCCUCAACUGAAACUGACAUUUGAUGAAUAUAGAAAUAUUAGCCAGAAGGACAUUGAGGACAGCAUAAAAGGAGAAUUAUCUGGGCAUUUUGAAGACUUACUGCUGGCCAUAGUCCGUUGUGCCAGAAGUAUGCCUGCCUUUUUAGCUGAAAGACUACAUCAAGCUUUAAAGGGUGUUGGAACUGAUGAGUUUACUCUGAACCGAAUAAUGGUUUCCAGAUCGGAAAUUGACCUUUUGGACAUUCGAGCAGAGUUUAAGAAGCAUUAUGGGUAUUCCCUAUAUUCAGCAAUUAAAUCGGAUACUUCUGGAAACUAUGAAAUCACGCUCUUGAAGAUCUGUGGAAGAGAUGACUGAGUGAAGAACGCAAUCUCCGAAGGCUGCUGCUCCCACAACAGGCCUUUCCAACAGCUCUGCUUACUCCUUUCUCAGAGUUUUGAAAACCCCAAGCAAGUGUAAACAGCAACCUGUUUUCCUAACAGACACUUCCAUCGUUCCAUAAUAGCGACAAAAAGUGAUUCUAGUAGAGCAUCUCAGCAUCAUGUAGGAAUUCAUAAAUGAAAUUUUUAAGUAGUAUUAAGGAUCUACUAAUACAACAUAAAUUAUAUUUCAGCUUAGGAAGUGAGAACCUUUGCAGAAUUCUAACACAUUGAAUGUGUAAGCAGCAUUAAUAAAAGCUGUUGCCUUUGUUAAAGGUAAUUUGUCUGUCUUUUAGCCCGUACCAACAUUGUCUUGCUGGUCGCUAACAAUUAAUGAUAUUUUAAAAUGCAUUUUUGUUAUAAAAGCUAUUGCUACUUUACUUUAUGUAUUACCUUAUUAAUCGCAUUUAGCUUUAAGAAAGGAAUAAAAUGAAUGUAAUCCUGG